AUGUCGAGAAUCGACAAACUCUCCAUCUCUGGAGUCCGGUCCUUUAGCCCGUCGGUCCGAGAGGCCAUCCAAUUCAAUACGCCCUUGACCUUGAUCGUCGGAUACAAUGGAUCUGGAAAGACGACCAUCAUCGAGUGUCUCAAGUAUGCCACUACUGGAGAGCUGCCGCCAAACAGCAAAGGCGGUGCAUUCAUCCAUGACCCCAAACUCUGUGGAGAGAAAGAGGUCAUGGCCCAGGUGAAGCUGCAAUUUCGUUCCAUCAACGACCGCCAGCAUGUCGCUACCCGCAGUCUACAGCUGACGGUCAAGAAAACGACUCGCUCGCAGAAAACCCUUGACUGUUCUCUUGUCGUAGUGAACAAUGGCGAGCGAACAACGACCUCCACCAGGCAGGCUCAGCUUGACGAAAUGAUUCCGGAGAGACUCGGCGUUUCGCCCGCUAUCCUUGAUGCCGUCAUCUUUUGUCACCAGGAUGAGUCUUUGUGGCCACUUAGCGAACCUGCCGCCUUGAAGAAGCGAUUUGACGAAAUAUUCGAAGCUCUCAAGUAUACCAAGGCCAUUGACAACUUGAAGGUACUUCGCAAGAAGCAUGUGGAGCAGUUGGGCAAGCUACAAAACGAUGAAGCCCAUAAUAAGGCAAAUAAAGACCGGGGUGAAAGAGCAGAAAAGCGAAUGACCGGUUUGCAGGCCGAAAUUGAGGAUGCUCGGGAAAAGUGCGAGGCUCUUUCGGCCGAGAUGCAGGAAACUCAUGACAAGAUUCGCCGCAAAUAUGAGCAGGCCAAUAGUUUUCUUCAAAUUGUUCAGAAUGUUGGGAACAAGAAGGAACAACUGGAAUACAGACAAGAUGCCGUGAACGAGUUGAAACAGACGUUUGACGAGCUUCAUGAGGACGACGCAUCGCUUGAGACUGCACUCGCCCAAUACGAAAAUAGCAUGGAGAGAUAUCGAGAAGAAGCAGAGCAGAGCAAGUCGCAGUACAACGACUUGCAGCAAGAAUUGGCUGACUCGCGCAAGAAUUUGUCCACAAAGCUUUCCGAACAGGGCAAACAUCAGUCAGACAAGGAUAAAUAUGAGCGACAGGUAAAAGCUCGCAUGGAGAUGCUGCAAGAAGCUGCAGUUACACACGGCUUUCGAGGCUACGAUAGGGAUUUGACAGAACAUCACGUCAAGUCUUUCAACGAAAAGAUCCAGAAACUUCUGGCUGAGAAGAAGCGAGACCUGGAGCGGCUGCAGAAGGAAAAUGCCGCAGAAUUGGACAAGGCAACUGGAGUAAUUACAGAGUUGGAGGGUCGAAAGGCUGCCAGAACCCAGGACCGCGUGUCGGCAAAGCAACGUAUCGGAGCCAUUGAAAAGCGCACGAGUGUCCUGCAGAACGAGGCCAGUCUAAUUGAUGUUGACGAAGGUGCCAAGGCUAUCUUGGAUGGCCAGCUAGAAGAUAUAUGUGCACGUUUUAGCAGAGCACAAGCUCAGAUGGAACAGGCCAACUGGGACCAACAUAUCUCUGACGAAAACGACAAGCUAUGGCAGCUUGAGACUGAGAACGAGAAGCUUGGCCGAGAACUAGUCGAAUGCACUCGUCUCGCUUCUGAAAGAGCGCAACUUGACUAUAGGAAGAAGGAGGUCGCAGACAGAAAACGGAAACUUGAGACCCUAACUAAUACAUGGAAAUCUAAGCUUGCCACGGCGAUUGGCAGUGAUUGGGAGCUGGAUACACUGGAAACAAAAUUUCACACUGUUCUCACCCAGCAAAAUAAGGCACUCCAAGACGCUCGCCGGAGUCUGGAGCAGGCCAAGCAGAAACAACAGAAAGUUGAAUACAGACUCAAAAAUGCCAGGGAGUCCCAAGAAUCCAAGUCCCGAGAUGCGGAAACGUGCAAGAAACAAGUUUUGACUGCACUUCACAAAGUCCGAGAUGGCGCAGUCAUUGAUGACUACCAGGAAGAGGUUGGCUCGGUAGAACAACAGGUCGAAGACUACCGCAACGAGUUGAGUCUUUUCGAUGCACUUGUAGACUACUACAGCAAGUGCAAGCGAAUGCUAGAGUCGAAGAAGCGCUGCCUGCUCUGCGAACGACAUUUCGAUGACGGUCAAAGCGCUAGUUUGGAUCGUCUUAGCAAAAAAAUUGAAAAGAACCUUGACCCAAAGGGCAAGGUUGACGUGGAGAAGGACCUGAAGGAGGCCAUGGCUAGCCUGGAUUCGCUGCGUUCAGUUCGAUCUAGCUACGACACAUACAAGCGACUGACUGCAGAGCUUCCAUCUAUACGUGACGAGUGCAAGGCGAUUGAGAGCGAAUACGACGCGCUCGAACGCCAAUUAGAAGAGCACGAGUCUAGAGUUGCUGGCGAAGACGGCCGAGUGCGCGACUUGGAUGACUUGUCCAAGACUGUUUCGAGCGUAUCCCAGCUCAUGAAAGAUAUUCAAGACUCCGAAAGUCAGGUGGACCGCAUCAUGUCACAACAGCUGUCUGGCGGUACCACUCGAAGCGCUGAUGAGAUUCAUGAGCUGCAGGCUAGCAUUGGAGAGCAAAUGAGGGGAUUGAAAAACCGGGUGGCUAAAUUGACUACGGAUAGACAGCGGAUGAAGGACCAACUAGGCUCCUUGGAGCUGGAAAGAAGUGAACUCAGGAACAAGAUUGGCCAGGCGGUUGGCCAACUGGACAAGAAGAAUGAUAUCCAGAACCAAAUACAGGCCCUCAGAGACGACAUGAUACAUCAGCGGGAGACUAUCCAACGGGCCGACGAGGAGCUUGAGAAGGUAGAACCUAGCAUCGUCGACGCUCGAUCCGCUCGCGAUGACACUCUUCGAAGAGGCCGUGCCAAGGAGCAAGUGAUUGUCGACGAACGGGACGUGAUUGCCAACUCUGUUAGCGAAAUGAAAUUGCUUGACAAUGAUAUACAGGACUAUAUUGACCGAGGCGGACCGUCAAACUUGGCAUCCAAUCAGCGGGCGAUAGCGGCUUUGGAGAAAUCCAUUAGCAACACUGAAAAGGACAUUGCGGACCUCACUGUUCGAGCAAACAAGUUGAAGCAAGACAUUGACAGCGGUGACCGUAUGAAGAAGAAUAUCAGCGACAAUCUCAACUACCGCAAACACCUACGGCAAUUAGAAGUUCUCCGGAGAGAGAUUGAAGAGCUUGAGGAUCGCAACGCUCAUGAAGAUUACGAACGCCUGCAGAGCGAAGCACGCAGCCUUGAGAACCAAUCCAACCGCCUUCUUGCCGAACGAGGAUCCGUCAUGGGCAGCAUGAAGACCAAGGAUGAAGAACUAGGCAGGCUAUUACAGGAGUGGGAAAUGGACUACAAGGGGGCCAAACAGAAAUAUCGCGAGUCCCACAUCCGUGUCGAAACCACCAAAGCCGCCAUUGAAGAUUUAGCCCAGUGCGGAGCAGCCGUCGACAAAGCCGUCAUGCAAUUCCACUCGAUGAAGAUGGCAGAAGUCAACCGCAUUGCAGGCGAACUCUGGCAGUCCACCUACCAAGGCACAGACAUUGACACGAUUCUCAUUCGCUCCGACAACGAAUCCACCUCGGGCAAGCGCAACUACAACUACCGCCUCUGCAUGGUCAAGCAAGACACGGAAAUGGACAUGCGCGGCCGCUGCUCAGCCGGCCAAAAAGUCCUCGCGAGCAUCAUCAUCCGUCUCGCCCUAGCAGAGUCCUUUGGCGUAAACUGCGGGCUGAUUGCCCUUGAUGAGCCGACUACCAAUUUGGACCGCGACAACAUCAAGAGCUUGGCGGAAUCUCUUCACAUGAUUAUCAAGACGAGGCAGGCGCAGAGUAAUUUCCAGCUCAUUGUGAUUACGCACGACGAGGACUUUUUGAGACACAUGCGAUGUAGUGAUUUCUGCGACAGCUUUUUCCGUGUAAAGAGGGAUGCGACUCAGAAUAGUGUCAUUGUCAGGGAGAGCAUUACCAAAAUCUUUUAA